GGAGUCUUGCGCUAUUAACUCUUUCGACCUAUACAAUUAUCUUUGAAGCUCAUUGGUAUAUAUGUGGUCAUUUUGUUAUCGACCGCAUAUUAAUUAUAGCUGUUUCGUACAUUUGAGCUAACAGCAACUGAGUUUUUGUUUCUGCUUUGUUCAAGAUGUCUACCGCCACCGUGCAAUCUAAUCCGGCGGCCCCUCCUCGCCCUACGAGGGGUCAGGAGAAGGAGAAUGGCUCGUCCGCUCCUGUGAUCCCCCCGCGUCCUGCCCGCCGUUUGAAUCGUUCGCUCUCUCCAAAUCCGGCUCGAUUUGCUCCUUCUCCCUUAAACGAGAGUCCUUUCGGUGCUAAAAGUCCUGGUGCUGCGAGACACAGCCAGACCCAUCUUGGCGAGGAGCUAGAACGUCCCACCAGUGUUGAGAUGCCUAACGUGGGUGAAGAAGGCCGGGAAUAUGCUGUGGCCAUCGAGGGAUUGAGCACAUCCCCAGACGAUCAAAGUCGUCGGUCGUCUACUUCGCCUGAGCAGACUCGUACCGUUGGCGAGGACAUCAAACUUUAUGCGCCAAAGCCGACGAUGCCCGCCCAAAGCGCCAAGCAGCGGGUUGCUCAAGUCACCCGUACCGAUUCCGAGAGAGCUGCUACUUUUGGCAUUGGGCGCUCCUCUUUCGAGGACCAGGCGUACUCGGGCCGUAGCCUGAAAAAGAAGGGAAGCACCACGAGCCAGCUUUCCCACCAGAGUGAACCCUUUGCUGAGGAUGAGCAUGGCAUCCCCGAAAUUGGACAACGCGUUCCCAUGUUGAUCAAUGCCGGUGAUGUCCAGGCGCCUUCACCCGCCCCCCCUAGAGCUGCGAGCGUCGACGGGACAAAGUCCGCUCGAAACCAUACGAGGAAGACCAGCUCCCGAGGUGGUUUUGGCGAUCUUCCAUCGGAUGUCUAUGGUCUCCAUGGCCACGGCGUUGCGAGCACCGACAAACUAGAGAAGGCAUACUACGAGAAGCAUCCGGAUGCUCUGCAGAAGGAGCGGUACAACCAUCUUCACGACCGUGUCAACGAUUACUCAAUGAGUAGUGAAAAUCUUAACAAGAUCGUCCGGGAUACGGCCAGCCGUGGCGCUGGUUUUGGUACUUCCGCGGAACAUAUCGGAACUCCUAGUGAACAAGUCGGCUACCGAGCCGCCGAUGAAUAUACUUCGCGUAUCUCGUCGAGGCCGCCUUCCACUACCCCUAACCAUGACGCGAACCUCGCAUCCCCCUUAAAGUCGGGCUUCACUGGCGCCGAGGCGACUACUGACCACGCUGAUACCGCCAACAAUGACGAGGUGAUCCAUGUAGACGAGCCACGACGUAAGGAGUAUGCCAAAUUCGGCGACGAGGAAUCCGCCGAGGGCGAAGGCGCGGAUGAACCCGAGUAUCCAAUUCUCGCACCCGACGAAGUGGCUAAAGAUCCAUCCCCUUACCAGAAGCAUCCGGCGGUGGAGCCUCCUUCGGAACGACAAGGAGAGUCCAAGAGUCGUCCCACAAGUAGACCUGCAAGUAUAUAUAGCCCCCCACCUGCUGAGCUGCAUUCCACUCCGUUGGACGACGUCGCAGAGUACGAGCCCUUGUUCCCCGAAGAUGAAAAGAGUGGUAAGAAGCCUACAACCCAAGCUGAGAAGCUGAAGGAGCACCGCCAGAGGUUCCCUAGUCAGGACAUCUGGGAGGAUGCCCCUAACAGCGUGCAUUCUACCGCGGAAGUCUCGACCCCGGAGCUAUUAGAAGCUCGUCGUAAAGAGCGAGCUGCCUUGGACGUACCAGCGCGAGAGGGCGAAACCCCCGCCCAAGCCUUUGCACGGAGACAAGAGGAGCUGGCCGAAAAGGAGGCCGUCACCCCCGAUAGCUUCCUAUAUCGACAGCAAAGGCCCCCGUCAUGGGUUGGAAGCCAACCGCAUUUAGCUAAGGAAAUCAAUGCCCGACCUAAUCCGACUCAAAGAUUUCCGAGUCGUGAUGUAUGGGAGGACACUCCUGAUUCUCUGCAAUUUACUGCCACUGUUUCGACUCCGGAAACUCCUGAUGAGCCACAAACAGAUGAUGUGGUAAAGCCGGCCGCCGAACACGCGCCUCAAAAGCCCGCCAUACCGGCGCGUCCCAAGAAGCAAGGAUCGGGUGAUGAUUCAAAACCCAGUAUCCCCGAUCGUCCGAAACCUCAAAUUCCUAUCCGCCCUUCGAAACCAGCCAUCGAGUCUAAGGGGCCCGAACCUGUAGUGAAGACGAAGCCAGCGGUACCCGCAAGGCCCGCCGGAGGGAAGAUCGCUGCGUUGCAGGCAGGUUUCAUGUCGGAUCUGAAUAAUCGUCUACGAUUAGGCCCCCAGGUCCCUAAGAAGGAAGAACCUCCCACCGAAAAUCCUGUCGAGGAAAAGGACAAGACUCCAUUGUCUGACGCAAGGAAAGGCCGUGCUCGUGGUCCUCAGAGACGUGCUCCUACCAAGGUAGCAGCCUCGAGCGGGACGGAAUCGGGACCUCCUCCCGUGACUAACGGCAAACCUACCCUAAGUUUCUCUAUGACUCGUACGCUGUGGAGUAUAGACGAGGAGGGUACUAUGACAGUAGACGGCUUAGGGCCAGCUGUGCCAGAACCAGAGACGAAACCCAGCGAGACAACGAAUGAAGAACCUAAGGAGGCAAAGGAGGUUCCGUCUCCUGUGUCGGCAGAACAAGAGAACUCUGAGGUUAAAGCAGAAAUUGAACCUACGGAAAUGCCGUCAAAUAAAUCAGAAGAAACUCCAGUCGAUUCUAAGCCGACAGAAACGCAAAAUGAGCCUCAAGCAAUCGAGGAAACCAAAACACUUGCUACUAACACGGCUGGCGAGUCUAUAUUAGAAGAGACCAUCGAGAAGCAGCCAUCCGGAGACCAAGUCCAAAAAGUUGAAGAGGCCAAGGAUGAGGUGACAGAAUGAUUGUAAAGCGACCUUUUCUACUGUUAGGGAGUGCAAAUCCGUCUUGUUUCGUUUCCAAUCCAUUCCACAUUUCCUUUGUUGAGAAGGGUGGUACGGAAUGGAUUGAAGACG